AUGAGGCCCAACGCUCCCAAGGCGCUACUCAGCGCCUUUCAAGGCCUUAGAAUUUCUGCGACGCCAUCGAUUAAGCCUUUUAGUGCUGCGAUCCGGCCCCAAUUGGCCAAGCCGCUGGUCGCAUCACAAAUCCUCCGUAAUGCCCGCCCGUUUUCCACGACGCCCACAAGACGAGGCACCUGGCUCGAGCCAUCGAUCGACCGAACGAAGAAGAUGAUGAAAGGCCGGCCCCGUGUGGCGACUGGAGGUUCUACCAAGGGCACAACCGUAAUCUGGGGUGACUAUGGCCUUCGCAUGAAGGACCACCACCGCAGAAUCAGCGCAAAGCAGCUCAAGAACGCCGAAGACACCAUUAAGAUGCGAUUGCGUGGACAGAAGUAUCGGCUAUACAAGAGGAUAUGCUGCAAUGUUGGCGUCUACGUGUCUGGUAACGAGAUGCGUAUGGGUAAGGGAAAGGGUUCUUUCGACCACUGGGCGGCGCGUGUGGCAGUCAAUCAGAUUGUCUUCGAGAUCAAGGGAAUGCUCCACGAGGCUGUUGCUAAGGAUGCCUUCCGUUUGGCAGGUAACAAGCUGCCUGGCCAGUGGGAAUUUGUUCACAAGGGAGAGGCUCCCGUUGUGGGUAUCACGAAGCUUGAUGGUGUUACGUUGGAGGAGUUGAAGAGGCCGAGAAAGCAGAUUGCGCCCCAGGACCUAUUGGCGGAGGCACCCACCAAGCCCACGAGCGCUUCAUCGACCAGCUCGUCUUCUGCUCAGCCUUGA